AAUGUGCUUCUUAGUUGAUCAAGAAACUGAAUCUUGAAUUAGGAUUACUUUUUAUUGUGUUUUUGUGUAUUAAAAAAGUCUAACUUUUUUGUGUGUUGGUUCAUCUAUUAGCUCAGAAUGUGCAUUUUAUUUUAUCAAAAAAGCACAUCUUGAAGUUGAUUGAUUUAUUUAUUUGUUAAUUUAUUUUGGUAAUUUGAAAUUUUAAAGAAGGUUUUUUGGGUAAGUAUGGGAUCAAGGGUAGAAAGGCAUAUAUCAAAUAAUCAUGAUCUUGUGCCAUUAGCUGCAUUGAUGAGUAGAGAAUUAAGAAGUGAAAAGAUGGAGAAGCCAUCUGUGAGAUAUGGAUGUGCUGCUCAAUCGCGAAAAGGCGAAGAUUAUUUCUUGAUGAAAACAGAUUGCCAGAGAAUUCAUGGGAAUCCUUCUUCCAGUUUUUCAGUUUUUGGGAUUUUUGAUGGUCAUAAUGGUGAUGCUGCAGCGAUAUAUUCACGAGAUAAUCUUUUAAAUCAUGUAUUGGAUGCAAUACCUCGUGGUCUUAAACGUGAUGAGUGGCUUCAGGCUUUACCUAGAGCACUGGUGGCUGGUUUUGUGAAGACCGAUAAGCAGUUCCAAAGCAAAGGUUUAAUGUCGGGAACCACUGCUACAUUUGUGAUUGUUGAUAGAUGGACCGUGACAGUUGCUUCAGUUGGAGACUCGCGUUGCAUUCUUGAUACUCCAGAUGGAGUUGUAUCAGUUUUGACCGUUGACCAUAGGCUUGAAGAAAACACGGAGGAAAGGGAACGUGUAACGGCCAGUGGAGGGGAAGUGGGGAGGCUUAAUGUUAUCGGUGGCCCUGAGAUUGGACCUCUUCGUUGCUGGCCUGGAGGAUUGUGUCUUUCUAGAUCUAUUGGUGAUAUGGAUGUUGGAGAGUUUAUCGUUCCAAUACCAUAUGUGAAGCAAGUGAAGCUUUCAGAUCGUGGUGGAAGGCUUAUAAUUGCCUCUGAUGGCAUUUGGGAUGCAUUGUCCUCUGAACAUGCUGCUGAAUCUUGCCGUCGUCUGCCUUCUGAACUUGCUGCUAGGCAGGUAGUGAAGGAAGCAUUAAGAACAAGGGGGCUAAAAGAUGAUACAACCUGCGUAGUGGUUGAUAUAGUUCGGCCAGAUAACUCAUUGCCGCCACCUUCUCCUCCUCAGAAAACCCAUAGCAAGCUCAGAUCCUUGUUGUAUAAAGCCAAGUUCCGUGGUUCCGCUAAUAAACUGUCUAAGAAACUGUCGGCUGUAGGCAUCGUAGAGGAGCUCUUUGAAGAAGGCUCUGCAAUGCUUGCAGAAAGACUGGGAAAUGAUGAAACGGCUGGCUCAUCAACAUCCGGACUUUUCACAUGUGCCGUGUGUCAAGUUGACCUAGCUGCAAGCGAAGGUGUACCAGUUCAUGCCGGGUCCAUUUUCUCAACGGGCUCAAAACCAUGGCAAGGUCCUUUCCUAUGUGUUGCUUGCCGUGAUAAAAAAGAUGCUAUGGAAGGAAAACGGCCUAGUGGAAUCAAAGUAAUUUAAUCCAUAAAGUCAUUCUUAAACCCAGAAAUUCUUUGGUUUUUUCAUUGAUCCCAAAUUUAAUAGGUUGUUACAAGUGCAAAAAAUCACUAAUAAUGAGUUUUAUCAAAUGAUGGGACGACCACCACUAAUUCCAUGAAAUUUUAUUGUACUAACGUUAAACAUCAUGUGUAAUAUAUUACAGGUUCAUUCGACUAAUUUUGGAUUCUGUAUCGAUUUUUAAUUUUUAUUUUCGAGAGUUUUGUUCCUUA